GUUGUGCGUUCCUCACAUACUGCGCCCGAGACUCUGCCAUCAAAGCCCAGACAGCACUGCAUGAGCAGAAGACUUUGCCAGGGAUGGCGCGCCCGAUUCAAGUGAAACCCGCAGACAGCGAGAGCCGUGGAGGGGACAGGAAGCUCUUUGUGGGCAUGUUAAAUAAGCAACAGUCUGAGGAUGACGUGCUCCGGCUCUUUGAACCAUUUGGGGUCAUUGAUGAAUGUACAGUGCUCCGUGGACCUGAUGGUAACAGCAAAGGCUGUGCUUUUGUAAAGUUCUCAUCUCACACAGAGGCUCAGGCAGCAAUCCACGCACUCCAUGGCAGCCAGACAAUGCCCGGCGCCUCCUCCAGUCUAGUGGUGAAGUUUGCUGACACAGAUAAGGAGAGGACCCUCCGUCGUAUGCAGCAAAUGGUGGGGCAGCUGGGGAUAUUCACUCCAUCUCUCACCUUGCCGUUCAGCCCAUACAGCGCCUAUGCGCAGGCUGUGAGUAUCACGCGUGUGUGUGUGGGGAAGGGCUGCCCUCUUGGCCAUGGGGCAGCACCAUACCUGGGCUGGGAGACCACAAACAGGUCUCUGUGGGAUGUCCUCUCUUCCUGCUCUCCAGGGCUACAUUCACCACCUCUCCUGGGAACAGCAGCCAUGCCGGGACUGGUGGCACCCAUUUCAAAUGGAUUCACUGGAGUGGUACCAUUCCCAAAUGGGCAUCCAACCUUGGAAGCAGUUUACACCAAUGGACUUGUGCCAUACUCAGCCCAGAGCCCUUCAGUAGCAGAGACUCUGCACCCAGCCUUCACAGGAGUUCAGCAGUAUGCAGCUGUGUAUCCAACCACUACCAUCACCCCCAUUGCUCAGAGCAUCCCUCAGCCACCUCCCAUCCUGCAGCAGCAACGAGAAGGUCCUGAAGGCUGCAAUCUCUUCAUCUACCAUCUCCCUCAGGAGUUCGGAGACAAUGAGUUGAUGCAGAUGUUCCUGCCCUUUGGCAAUAUCAUUUCCUCCAAGGUGUUCAUGGAUCGUGCCACCAACCAGAGCAAGUGUUUUGGUUUUGUAAGCUUUGACAACCCAUCCAGUGCACAGACUGCUAUCCAGGCCAUGAAUGGAUUCCAGAUUGGCAUGAAACGUUUGAAGGUGCAGUUAAAACGACCCAAGGAUGCUAAUCAUCCCUACUGACAGCAGUGAGCAAGCAGGAGUCGCUUCUGCAGCACAGGUGAAGGGAAAGUCCAGAGGAAGAAUUUCUGCUUCAGGUUGAUUUACAGAGAGGCCAGUAAAUUUAUCAACUCUUUAGACACCACUCCUUUCCUUCCUCUGCUCCCCACCUACCCACCCCAUCCUCCUGCCCUCCCACCCAAAACAUGCAAUUAAAGAGAAGGCUCAAUAUCUGCCCAGCAGGAAGAUUCUUGCCACAACGGACUCACAUAUUUGCUGCUAAUGUGGUGCAUAGCAAAGGGACCAGAAAACCAGCAGCACCUGGGGACCUGAAGCUCUUCCUUUUGGGGUAUGCCUGGAGUACAUGGACCAAGAAAACCCACUGGUGUGUCUCUAGGUUACUGCAGUGAUGUAUGGAAACAGCUCUGUCCCUCCCUUCCUCCCACCCUGUCUCCUGGCCCUUUCAUAGUUAAAUAUAAAUAUAUAUAUAUACAGUCUCUAUUUUUUUUUAAAGUGGCUCACAGGACCAAACUUUUCCAUUCAGAGACUGACUCCUUGCAAGAGGGAUUGGAAGUUAAGUGUUUACCUUUGCAACAGUGUUUUCUCAGCAAGCACUGCAGAUAGGCCUGAACAUUUUGAGAGGAUGCUUGGAUGGACAGAAAGCAAGAGAGCGAGCGAGUGCAUCUCUCUGUUCAACAUUAGCAAGAAGCAAGGAAAAAGAGAACUACAUACCUCCAGGAUUAGGGCACAGCCAGCUGCUCUGCUCGAGUCACUCAUCCACCGACCUUAGCACCAGCCUGGUUAAGGAUCUCAAGAGCUCUCAGUCUUACCUUUCCAAGGGCUUCUGCAGACAAAGCUCCUGGAAUUUGGUGCCAAAGCCUAUCCUUAGCAACUCCUCGAUCAGGCUGAAAGCACAGGAAACGAGUCCCUUUACCUACAGGAACUGUACUGCCUCCCCACAUGUGGCACAGAUCCCUAUUUCAUAGCUCUCCAUGGUAACAGAGCAUUUUCUUGAUCAAGGCAAGAGAAGAUGAGAGAAUGUGAGCAGAUGCAAUCUCCAAAACAGAGUGGCAGAAGCCUCCCAGGGGCUACACACUGCCUCCCCAUGUUGGAAGUAACCUAAUGCUGGUUAGCGGGCAGUUCUGAUUCCCAGAUGAAAUGGGACAUCUUCUUCAUCAGAAUUUAGAGAUGACUCACCUCUCACACCCUCUGCAAAGCUUUUCGAAGCAGACACAAGGAUAGUAUGAUGAAAGAGGGUUGCCAUUCUGUUUUUUCCCUACCACCCCCUCCAAAGGACAGAUUAUACAUUAUGCAGCAUAUAUAGAUACAGCUAUAUACACAUACACUUAAGCACAGAACAUAGUUCAGAGCUUGAUUUAACAAAGAUCCCCUGAGGCCGGGGGUGUGUGUGUCAUACUGACAAGGCAUAGCCCUUGAAACAGUCUCUUUAAGUUUCUACCAAAAUAAGGAAAGGAAACCUUAAUGAACUAACCCCACAAACCUUCUGAAUGAUUAGUUUCAAUAUUCCAGAGUUUGAUAAGGUACCAAGAACAUUCCCCUUUGUGUGUGUGUGUGUGUGUGCGCGCGCACGUGCAUGUGCACGUCCAAACGUGAACAGAGGGUUGGUGGAGAAAGGUUGAUGCAGUUGAUACUGGUGAGAUAUGGGGACUUUAGAGAACCCGUCAAUUCUUAUCCUCCUCCAGUUUCCCUUUGUUCAGAUGUUUGUGGCACAGUUAAGGACCUUCACAUCUCCUCAACCAUCCCUCUGUAUCUGAUGCUGAGAGUUUGAGCGAUGGAUGAAGCUGUGUGAGUCAGUGUGUUUCUAUAGUCCAUGUUUACUUACUGUAAAUACCAUUUUUAUACUUAACAUCUAUUAUGUACGUGAUUUGUAUAAUGUACUUUAUUUCUGCUACAAGUAAUUUCAUGAAGUUUAAACUUAAUCUAAUUUUGAACAAAACAAAAAAUAAAAAAAAAACCCAACAAAUGCAAAAUGGGCAAAAAAGGACUUUGUAAAUUCUAGGUCAAGCUGGUUUAAAAUAAGCAUUUACAGUUUCUUCCAUCACAGUUACUGAUGUGACUGUACAAUGUUACAGGUGCGAUACAAGCUUCGUCAGUGUCAAAUUCCUCACUCUGGUAAAAAGAAUCUUAAAUUUAUUUAAUAAAAGUUUUACUUGAUAAGUAA